UGGUUCUCUACUGGUUUUCUCCUCAAGAUUAUUUUCAGAGUUCUGAAGAGGGAUCUUUCUCAUCUUUGAGUUGAUAUGUCUGGGGGUGGGGGGAGAAUUUGCUGGUGGACACAGAAUUGUCUUGGAAAAUGGGUAGACAGACGUGCCUGUAGAGAGGGUUCCAGGUUGCCUUGUUAACUUAAGGUGCUCCAGUGAAGGUUGAUUCUUUUUCUUAUUUUUUUUGGGAGGGGGUCUCUUGCAGAUCAAUCAGAUGAUUUCCUCUGAUAUUUUUCAUCUUUAGAAACCUAUAGUUUCAUGUAUCACUCAGCUGUGCACUGAGGAACUGCUUAAGUUUGGUCAGGGCACUAGGUUUCUCCAGAUUUUGCAAAACCCGGACCACACUAUAGCCAAGCACAUCUUUCCUCGUAGGCUCCCAUUGAACAAAACCAGCUGGACUUGGAGGAGAUGUUUUAACCUUUUGUCAGGUAAUUAUGGGCCUUUUUGGUUUCUCUAGUGGCUGUGGUGUAUGGUGUGGGUGUUAGCAAACUCCAUACAAUGGCAGGGAGGGAGGAAGUCCGCUAUCCAGGCCAGUUGUUUCUGGGCCUGCCCCUUGCCUUUUGAUAUACUGGCCUGUGAGCCAGAGGAGACUGAGGUGCAUGGGUGUACAGGAUCCAGCUUGUCCGAGGGUGGGAGGCUGUAAGGAAAGUUAAGUGGAUUCUAAAAAUAAGAAUAGCAUUGCUGUACCCUUGUGUUUGGAGUAUGUGUAAAGAAAUAUAAGUGGAGAUAAGCUGUCUUGCAUGGUACUCAUGUGGGGAUGGCCCCCAGCAUUCUAUUGCUUAGACAGAGCUCUUAAACUCAAAAUUGCUGGUUGAGGUCCCCCACCUACCCUCCCUCAAAGCUAAAUAUUCUGUUUGGAAACCUAGUUCCUUUAGUGGUUCCCUAUUUCAAAUAAAAGGAUUUAAGUUGACGUAUGACCACGUGAGCACAUAAUACAGUGCAUUAUUGUGGCAUUUGGAGCGGAGACCCAGGCAGGCUUCGCCUGUGAUUACGUUUUCUAGAUUCUCUACAGAGCUGGAGCUUUUCCCCAACCCCCACACACCCACCUCCUCCUUCUCCUUCCCCUUCUCCGGAGAGCAUUCUCUGAGCAGGUUGCAGUUUUCAGCACUCAUGGAGCCGUUCUGGGCAAGCUAGCUGAUGGAAGUCGAGGCCGUACCAGGAGGAUGGAAUUUAUUUUAAGCAGAGCGGCUUGAGACUGGGGCACCGACCAUCUGUACGCCAGGACGUCGGACCUUCGUCUUGAGGUCGGAGCCCCACUUCUACCCGCUGAGGCCCGCAGCCCGGGAGCCACCUAUGGGGCGGAUAGAAGCCCUGGCCGGAACCGAGCUUCUGCCCCAGAUAUCGCUGGGCUCCCGCAGCUCUUCAAGUCGGGUCUGCGCGUUUUGCCCUGCAGGGUCUUGGCGCCAGCGGAAAGGUCUGUGCGGGGCGGCCAUUGGCGGCGGAGUGUCACGUGACCGCGGGGGCGUGCCAAUGUGCGCCCUCAAGGGUGUCAAACCGCUGUCAGAGUGUGCGAUCAAGAUCGUGAAACAACGCGAUGCAAAAAGCGACCUACUACGACAGCUCGGCGAUCUACGGUGGCUACCCCUACCAGGCAGCCAACGGGUUCGCUUAUAAUGCCAAUCAGCAGCCGUACCCGGGGUCUGCCGCUUUGGGCGCCGAUGGCGAGUACCACCGACCCGCCUGCUCACUCCAGUCCCCCUCCAGCGCCGGGGGCCACCCCAAGGCACUUGAGCUGAGUGACGCAUGCCUGCGCACCCUGAGCGGCCCACCUGGCCAGCCCCCAAGCCUGGGCGAACCGCCCUUGCCCCCGCCGCCGCCCCAGGCCGCGCCCCCUGCCCUACAGCCGCCUCAGCCCCCGCCUCAGCCCCCUGCACCCACCCCUGCCGCGCCUCCGCCCCCCUCUUCUGUCUCCCCCCCUCAGAAUGCCAGCAGCAACCCCACCCCUGCCAACGCAGCCAAGAGCCCCCUGCUCAACUCACCCACAGUGGCCAAACAAAUCUUCCCCUGGAUGAAAGAGUCUCGACAAAACACGAAGCAGAAAACCAGCAGCUCCAGCUCAGGCGAGAGUUGCGCUGGCGACAAGAGCCCGCCGGGCCAGGCUUCCUCCAAGCGCGCGCGCACGGCCUACACGAGCGCUCAGCUGGUGGAGCUGGAGAAAGAGUUCCACUUCAACCGCUACCUGUGCCGGCCGCGCCGGGUGGAGAUGGCCAAUCUGCUGAACCUCACCGAGCGCCAGAUCAAGAUCUGGUUCCAGAAUCGCCGCAUGAAGUACAAAAAGGAUCAGAAGGGCAAAGGAAUGCUGACGUCAUCGGGGGGGCAGUCUCCAAGUCGCAGUCCCGUGCCCCCUGGCGCCGGUGGCUAUCUGAACUCUAUGCAUUCGCUGGUCAACAGCGUCCCGUAUGAGCCCCAGUCGCCCCCGCCCUUCUCCAAGCCUCCCCAGGGUGCCUACGGGCUGCCUCCCUCCUCCUACCCUGCGCCCCUGCCUAGCUGUGCACCCCCGCCACCCCCACAGAAGCGCUACACUGCGGCAGGGGCGGGCUCAGGGGGCACCCCCGACUAUGACCCGCACGCUCAUGGCCUGCAGGGCAACGGCAGCUAUGGGACCCCACACAUACAGGGAAGCCCCGUCUUCGUGGGGGGCAGCUAUGUGGAGCCCAUGAGCAACUCCGGGCCAGCCCUCUUUGGUCUAGCUCACCUCCCCCACGCUGCCUCGGGCGCUAUGGACUAUGGGGGCACCGGGCCGCUGGGCAGCGGUCACCACCAUGGGUCGGGGCCUGGGGAGCCGCACCCCACCUACACGGACCUUACCGCCCACCAUCCUUCUCAGGGAAGAAUUCAGGAAGCACCCAAGCUCACCCACCUGUGAUGGUGGGCUCGGGGCUACGCGCCAGGAGAGUCUCCCCCACCCACCUUUUUGCUUUGGUUGCUUUUUUUUUUUUUUUUUUUUUUUUCGUUCUUCCUGCCCUUUCCUUCCUUCUGCGCCCCCGAACUCCAUUUCCCGGUUUCCCUGCUCUUUGGUAACGCAUUUUUAUAGUUUAUGUGACGUAGCAAUCUUGGUUGCUGGAAUAGCUGUAUCAGUAGCGAUAUUUAUCUCUUCCUGCCCCUCGCUAGGCCACUGGCCCUGCAUCCUUUACCUUCUCCACUCUUUGAUCAGAAACAGGGUAUAUGAACAAAUUUUCUAGUCGAGUUUUCAAUGUGAAUUUGUUCGUACAUUAUGGCUCCCGAGGGGAAGCGAUUACUUUUUUUUUUUUUUUUUUCAUUUUUACUUUUUUUUUUUUAAUUGCACUUGUAAAGAGAGAGAAAAAAAAUCAAAGGCGCUUUGAAACAGGGGCUCCCUGUGCAAGGAUGACUAAGUGUACGUCUUUCCGUGUGUGUAUGCUGGUGAACAGUCAGAUUUAUUUAUAUUUUUUUUGCAAGCAUUGAAUAAUCUAAGUUUUAAAUAUUAUUUAUCCCCAAUCCGUUCGUAUUUAUAUUAAAGAAAUUCUGUGCCCUGAUUGUUCAGAAGGGUUCUUGGACCUUUUGUUCAACUGUGUAUUGGCGUACAUAGAAAUUUUUUUUUAUUUGAAAGGGAAAUAGAAUUCCUUUAAACGGUAAUGAUGCAAUAAAACCAGAGAAGAUACAGCUUUUGAAAACAGUGAUUUAGGUUUGAAUCCGGCAAAACUGAAAAAAAAAAAAUCUGUAAACGCGAAAAAUGCUAGAUUUGUGUUGAGUUCUACAUUCCUUGCUGCUCACAUUCUGAGAAACAAAACAAAAAGAAAUAAAGUUUUUAUUCUGAAUAAUA